CUGUGGUUCACAGCGCUGCUCAAAGCAACAAUGCCUAAACUCAGGUCGAUUUUCACCGUUCUCAUUUUGAUGCUGCUACUAUUAGUCAGUGUAUCUUCAGGACAAACUGCAACAAUAGAAGGCAACCAUGAAGAUACUUUGGAAGUGGCAGAGUUCGCCUCUCUUCAGUCUUCACCCUCCCGAAUUCAGAGACACGGAAGGAGGGUUCUGACGGACAUUCAGGAUUACGACUAUGGUGGAUCCAACCCCAAACACGAUCCACGCAGGAAGCCAGGGAAUGGGCACUCCCGGUGAGCCAUGACGCUGCAGCCCGGUACUGAGUUACUGUAACGCAGUAGAAGCAGAAUGAUUUGAUCCUUUGCUUGCACCUUUGCGCCUUAUAAGUCGGUCACUUCCACACGAACUUCAGACCAGCCGUUCUGAAUCGUGCUUGCAUGCAUGCAUUCAGGUGUGUGCUGAUUCAGGCACUUGUUAUAGAAAGCUAAGGCUGC